AUGCCUGGCGGAAUAUCAAAGCAGAAUGGCCAGACACUACAACGCCCGCGUUCGACCUCGAACCUUCCAAGUCGGACAUCUGGUCUUAAGGAAGCAGAUUCAUUCACAACGUUUCGUUCUCUGGUCCGCGACCUUAGGCUAUUGCCUAACCAGUACACCUUUGCCUUCGCCUUCAAGGCGUGUGGCAAUGGCCUCGGGGUUUUGGAAGGGGAGCAACUUCGUGUUCAUGCCAUCAAAUUUGGGCUGGAGAGCAAUUUGUUUGUGGGGAAUGCGUUGAUUGGGAUGUAUGUGAAUUUGGGUUAUGUUGCGGAUGCUAGAAGGGUGUUUGAUUGGAGUACGAACAGAGAUAUGUACUCGUGGAAUACCAUGCUUAGUGGGUAUACGAGGUUGGGGGAAAUGGAUCGUGCUCGGGAACUGUUUGAUGAAAUGCCCGAGAGGGAUGUGGUGUCGUGGACAACACUUAUUGCUGGUUGUGUGCAGGUUGGUUAUUUCAUGGAGGCUUUAGAUGUCUUCCACAAGAUGCUCCAAGGAGGCGCAAGCCCGAACGAGUACACAUUAGCAUGCACUCUUGCAGCCUGUGCUAAUAUAGUGGCAUUGGAUCAAGGAAGAUGGAUGCACGUUUAUAUUCGAAAGAAUGAUAUUCAGAUGAACGAGCGGUUGCUGGCCGGACUCAUUGAUAUGUAUGCAAAAUGUGGAGAGUUAGAGUUUGCAUCAAAACUUUUCAACAGUGAUCAUCAAGUGAAGCGAAAGGUUUGGCCAUGGAAUGCCAUGAUUGGUGGGUUUGCAAUGCAUGGGAAAUCUAAGGAAGCAAUUGAUGUUUUUGAACAAAUGAAGGUAGAAAAUAUUUCUCCUAACAAAGUUACAUUUGUUGCAUUGUUAAAUGCCUGUAGUCAUGGAAAUAGAGUUGAGGAAGGAAGAGACUAUUUUGAAUCAAUGGCAGGUCGUUAUGGAGUCGAACCCGAAUUAGAGCAUUAUGGAUGUAUGGUGGAUCUACUGGGACGAGCUGGGCACUUGAAGGAAGCGGAAGAGAUCAUAUCGAGAAUGCCUUCGACGCCAGAUGUUGCUAUUUGGGGUGCCCUGCUUAGUGCUUGUAAAAUUCAUAAGGAUAUUGAAAUGGGAGAGAGAAUUGGGAAAAUUGUUAGGGAGUUGGAUUCUGACCAUCUUGGUUGCUCUGUUCUAUUAGCUAAUAUAUAUUCCUUGACUAGAAAUUGGAAUGAAGCCAGGACAUUGAGGGAGAAGAUUGCAGCAAGUGGCAAAAAGAAAACUCCGGGUUGCAGCUCCAUCGAGUUGAACGGGACUUUCCAUCAAUUUCUCGUUGGUGAUCGGUCUCAUCCUCAAACAAAACAGCUCUAUUUGUUCUUGGAUGAGAUGAUCACCAAGUUAAAGAUUUUGGGGUAUUUCCCUGAAACGAGAGAAGUUUUGCUCGAUAUCGAUGACAACGAGGACAGAGAAACAGCUCUGUUAAAGCACAGUGAGAAGUUAGCCAUUGCCUUUGGGUUGAUGAAUACAGCACCUAAAACUCCAAUUCGCAUUGUGAAGAACUUGAGAGUAUGUGGGGAUUGUCAUCAAGCAAUAAAGCUCAUUUCGAAGGUCUACGAUAGGGAGAUCGUUGUUCGGGAUCGGAUUAGGUAUCACCAUUUUAAAGAUGGAACUUGUUCGUGUCACGAUUUCUGGUAGUGUUGAUUCUGUACAUUCAGGUACAUUUACUAGCAACUUCAUUGACAAUAUUUAGAAAGAAGAUCCUUUUUGCUACUUCUGUUCAUGGUAAAUUGUUUAGCAUCUAAAUGAUCUAGCCUUGUGUAGAAAAUUUCAUGUACAUUAUUAGUCUAAAUGAUCUACGCU